AUGUCUGAUGAACCAACCAUUUUGGAGUACGCAUUAGUAGUGACGACAGCUUCCUCAUGUAACCGACCAUCUUCAGAACUAAGAGUGAAAUUUAGACUGGAAGGAAACGUGCAUUGUGCUAGUGUUCCAAUGACUGUGGCUGAUUUCGCCAAAAUUGUUGAGGAAGAGGAUGUUGUUUCUUUCCUCAAGCGUCAAGAAGUUCCACCCGAAUAA